AUGGGUUUGUGUCAGAAGUUUGACGGUCUUUGUCAACCAAAAACCAGAAGAUGGGUUGGGAUUACUGUUGGAAUACUGGAACUAUUUUUUUUUGGAGGAUAUUACUACGGUUUCAAUUCCCUUAUACCAGCUUGGAAAUCAUUAGGGGUGUCUGCAUAUAAUUGUAGUAAUGCAACGAAUACCUGUUUAUAUGAUGACUCUAUAUUUGGAAAUGGUUUUAUUGUUUGGAUUGUCACGCAAAAUUGUCUUAUUUCAUUCUCUGGUAUAUUCAUGGAUAAAGUUGGAUUAAGGGCUUUAAAGUUGGUAGCUAUAACCAUGUAUUUUGUUGGAACACUAUUAUUUGCCUUUAUUCAUAGGGAAACAGAACCAUUGUAUUAUAUUGCCGGUAUAUUGGUCGCUAUAGGAAGUACUUCAAAUCUUAUAUGCAAUCAACAUAUCACUUCGAUGUUUCCAAAAUAUCGAGGGUUCGGAAUAUCUCUUCUCUCUGGUGCUUUUGACUCUAGCACACUAAUAGCAUUUAUACUUUCUGAAACAUAUUCACAGUUUUCAUUACAGAAAUCAUUCAUUAUCCUAGCGAUUGUUUCUAUAUGUGUUGGUCUAUUCAUGGCUACAUUUAUUUUAACCACAAGAUCAGAUGACAUGAGAAAAUUUGCAAACAACUUUAGCGAUGCUGUAACAAGUGAGAAUGUUGGUGAACAGGAGAAACUGUCUCAAGGAUGCGUCAGGGAUAAUAAUGAAAACACGCCAUCAUUGGAUAAAGAGGCAAAAAAUAUUGAAGUAUCUAGAAGAAUCAAAAUGAUAAUAGACCUCCGUUAUCAAUCAAUAAAAGAUUGUAUAAUAUCGCUACCAUUCUUGCUUAUUACAAUAUGGUUUAUGCUUGGAUUAUUUCGUUUUUCAACAUUUCUUGGACAAUUACAACGUAUCAUAAACGAAUUGUUUCCAAACGACAUAAUAACCAUUGAUCAUCUAUUGCAAAUUUCAUCAGCAUUUUCAAUGUGUGGAUUUUUAGCCGCUCCAAUUACUGGUUUCAUAAUGGAUAUAUCGCAAGCCUAUUGUAGGCGAAAAAUUAUGCGAAAUGACUAUAAUAUAAAUGACCAGCAUCAUAAAAAUCAAAUUUAUUAUACAUAUAUAUUCGGUUUAGCGCCUGCACUACUUUUUAUGGCAUUUUGUGCUAUGCUCAUAAGCUGUUUAAUAUUCAUACCGAAUCGUGUGGCUUAUUAUUUUGCAUUUCUGUUUUUUGUUAUGCUACGUUCAUUGUUAUUUAGUGCAUCUGUAGGCUUUUGCUUGACUGCUUUUCCUGUACAUUACUUCGGAACAGUAUGUGGUAUAUUAAAUUCAAUUGGUGGUAUAUUCAGUCUAUUACAAUAUGCAUUUCAGUAUACAAGUAGCGCAGAAAUAGCUAAUAUUAUCAUAACUAUUUGUUCUGUUGGCUUAUUUAUACCGCCUGUUAUUCUGUUUAAAAUGAAAAGUCGGUAA